UAGAAUCGUCACGAAUAGUUUAGGCGCUAAACUGGACAGUGCAUAUGGACUUUUCUUAUUGUGAAAAUGGCAUUUUCAUUACUUAGUUAAUAUCUAUAGAAAUAUAUUAAUAACUGUAGUCAGAACACAAAGGUCCAUUUUACCAUCACCGCGGUCUGGUUUGAACGACCUAUGAACUGACGUCUAAACACCUCGGUUCUGCUGUUGAAAUCCAGGUGAUCUUUUAGCCUACAGGUUGAGCAUCACGUCUUCCUCCCCUGCCAGGCAGGUGAUGUAUGGACUUGUACGUGAUGAACUGUGAGCUUUUAGCAACGUGCAGUGCCCUCGGGUACCUGGAAGGAGACACCUACCACAAAGAACCUGACUGUCUAGAGAGUGUGAAGGACCUGAUCCGGUACCUGCGGCAUGAGGAUGACACGCGGGACACCCGUCAGCAGCUGGGGGCGGGCCAAAUCCUCCAGAACGACCUGCUGCCCAUUAUCACCCAGCACAGCCAGGACAAGUCCCUGUUUGACGCCUGCAUCAGGCUUAUGGUCAACCUUACCCAACCUGCACUGCUCUGCUUUGGGAAAGUCCCAGAUGACCCCACUGUCAGACAUCACUUCCUGGAAGUGGUAUCCUAUUUACAGGCCUAUAAGGAGGCUUUUGCCAAUGAAAAGGUGUUUGGAGUUCUGAGUGAGACCCUGUACACCCUGCUGCAACUGGACUGGGAGCAGAGGCAGGAGGAAGACAACCUGCUGAUUGAGAGGAUUCUGCUGCUGGUCAGGAAUGUACUGCAUGUCCCCGCUGACCCCUACGAGGAGAAGAACGUGGAUGAUGAUGCCAGUGUGCAUGACAAGCUGCUGUGGGCCAUCCACAUGAGUGGUCUAGACGACCUGAUCAAGUUCCUGGCCUCUGCACAGAGCGAGCAGCAGUGGAGCAUGCAUGUGCUGGAGGUCAUCUCCCUCAUGUUCAGAGACCAGACGCCGGAACUCCUGGUGAGUGCGGGUCAGUCUCGUUCAGCUCAGGAGAAACAGAGAGAUGCCCAGGAGCUGGAGGCACUACGACAAAAAGAGCAAGCGGAGAAACGCAGCCGCACCCUCCAGAGAGGAACCCGACACUCUCGCUUUGGAGGCUCGUAUGUGGUUCAGGGACUCAAGUCCAUUGGCGAGAAAGAUGUGAUCUACCACCGAGGCCUUCACAACUUCAAGAACUACACCCACGAUGAAGGCAAGGCGGUGAGACGUGUGCCCAAGCGGAAGCUGCACGCUCGAGACUCGGAGGGCAAGCGCCGCUCGGCCCUCAACGUGCGCCUCUUCCUGCGCGAGUUCUGCAUGGACUUCCUGGAGAACUGCUAUAAUCGCCUCAUGUACCUGGUCAAGGAGGGACUGAUCAGGGAACAGGCGCAGCAGCACGACGAGACCUACUACCUAUGGGCUCUCAGCUUCUUCAUGGCCUUUAACCGCGGCAACGGUUUCCGUGCUGACCUGGUCUCCGAGACAAUGUCCAUCCGUGCCUUCCACUUCAUUGAGCGCAACAUCACCAAUUACUACGAGAUGAUGCUCACCGACCGCAAGGAGGCCUCGUCCUGGUCCCGUAGGAUGCACCUGGCUCUGAAGGCGUAUCAGGAGCUGCUGCUGACGGUGAACGAGAUGGACCGCUCCCGAGACGAGGACAUCAGACAGAGCGCGAACGUCAUCAAGAGUAACAUUUUCUACCUGAUGGAGUACAGAGAGAUCUUCUUGACCCUGCUGAGGAAGUUUGAUGAGACAAAGCAGCCGCGCACAUUCCUCAGGGACCUGGUGGAGUCCACCCACCUCUUCCUGCGCAUGCUGGAGCGCUUCUGCAAGGGACGCAACAACCUGGUGGUGCAGAGGAAGCGUGUGAAGCGUAAGAAGUCUAAGGGCCGGAAGAAUCCGACUGCAGCAGAGACCACCCCCGAGGCACUGGAGGAGACGUGGGGGGCCGUGGCAGAGGAGCUGAGGGCCACUAACUUUCAGUUGUCGGAGGCUCUGACAGAGGGCGCUGUGCCAUUUGACGCUGCGUCUGAGACUCCCCUGGAGGAGCAGAGGACUGAGGCCAUGGUGCGUGUCCAGGAUACCCUGCUCAACAGACUGGGCCCUGAGGCUCUGGGCCUGCUACGAGCCGCGAGGGAGGUGUGGCCAGAGGGAGAUGUGUUUGGUUCAGCUGAUGUGGAGCCAGAGGAGGAACUGGAGCUCCUCAAACAGAUCCUCAUUGCCAAUCUGCCCAGGCCACCUCCCCCUGAACCUGGGAUGGAGGAGGAGGAUGGAGAGUUGGAGGAGGAGGAAGAGCUGGAGUCUGUACGCGUGUCUGAGACGGAGUUCAACUUCCUGGACUUCAUCAAGAGGUUUGCCAACCCCAACAUCGUACGUCCCUACCUGCUCCUGCUCCGGUCUUACUCCCAGAACUCCCCCCACACCAACCACUGCAUCACACGCAUGCUGCACCGCCUGGCCGUCGACCUUAAGAUGGACGCCCUGCUUUUCCAGCUUUCUGUCUUCUGCCUCUUCAACAAGAUCCUAGGAGACCCUGCUGCCACUGCCUAUAAGGAGCUGGUGACCUUUGCUAAGUUUGUGCUGAACCGUUUCUUUGCCCUGGCGGCUAAAAACAACAAGGCUUUUGUAGAGCUGCUCUUCUGGAAGAGUGUGGGAGCUGCCCGCGAGAUGACAGAGGGCUACAGCAAGCCUGGAGAAGGAGAGGGGUCUAAUAAGAAAGCAAAAUGGACGCCAGAGGAAGAGGAUGAGCUGCGAACACUCUACGAGGAGCACCGCGACUCUGAAGUGCCUGACAUUGUUGAGACUCUGCUGCCGUUGCUUAGCAACACCACCCGUACGCGUCGGCAGGUGGUGGCCCAGUUGGUGGCGAUGGGACUGGUGGACAGUGUAAAAGAACUGAAGAAACAGAGGAAAGGCACUCGUAUUGUUCUGUGGACAGAGGAGCAGGAAGAAGAGCUACAGAUGCUGUUUGAGGAGUUCAGAGACUCCGAUGAUGUGCUGGGGAACAUCCUGAAAAAGGUGACGGCUAAACGUUCCCGGGCCCGCACGGUGGAGAAGUUGCUCAGCAUGGGCCUGGUCUCCGACCGACGGGAACUCCACAAGAAGAGACGGCGCAACCCUAACGCUCCAGGGAAGAGUGCCGCGAUGGGAAUGACUGAAGAAGAGUUCCUGGCUCAUCUCCCUGGAGGUCUAACCGAAGAGCCCAUGGACGAAGAUGAGGAGGAGGAGGAGGAGGGGGGGGAGGAGGAGGAAGAAGACGAAGAGGAGAGCGAGGGGGAGAGACAGGCUCCGGCAGCCAGAGGGAGGAAAAGCUGGAUGGCAGAGAGGGAGAGCAUGGUUGAGAAGAAUGCCAGUCUGAGGACCAUGGUGUACACUCUACGGCAGGAAGGUAUGUCAGGACCCCUGUUGUGGCUACAGAACUGCCUGAACAGAACGGCAGAUCACCGCGAGGAAGAAGGCUUGUUUCAGCCCGUGCCAAUUGUCCCUCUGACUGAGGAGAACGAGGAUGCCAUGGAGAAAAAGAGCUUUCAGAGGUUACUACGGAAAAUAGGGGUCCGAGCACCAGCUGAUGAACAGGAGUCAUUCUGGAGGAUCCCAGCCCAGAUGAGACCAUCCCAGCUGAGGGGAGCGGCAGAGGUCCUUAGCCCCAGUCAGGAUGCCCUAGCAGCGGGUGCAGAGGAGUCGGAACAGCCAACCCCAGGGAGCCCCGUCCAGGAACAGCAGCAGGGGGAGGCAGACUCUCACGAGCAGAGAGCCCAGGCCCUCCGAGCCCUGCUGCUGGCCCGCAAGAUGAAACAGCCCUCUGCCUCAGCAGAACACACAGAUUUCACACCUGUUGAGGAUUCAGACAGUGCACCUCAUAGAUCUUCAGAGAAGAAGACCUCCACCAAGAGAAGCCGAGUGGUGUUGGACAGUGAUGAGGAUGAAGAGGACUCUCCUCUCACUAUGGACCUGGGGGCAGACGGGGGCGCUGACUCAGACAGGGGCGCUGACUCAGACAGGGAGGCGCACUCCGCCCCUGCCAAGCGCAAACGACAGAGGGUCCUGAUUGACGAUGAUGAAGAUGAUUAGAGGAGAAGUCUUCAGUUUGAUUUAGAUUUAUUCUGUAUAGCGCUUUUCCACGUAUGUGCUUUACAGAGAAAGGGAAAAGCUCACCUCAUCCACCAACAAUGUGAGGCAUCCAUUUGGACCCAAUUUGAUUGAAGCAUCAUCAUACACCAUGCCUCUAUGGGGUUGUGUGUAGACUGAGGAUGGGGAACAUGGACCCUCACUUACCAAAUAUUUCUCAGAGAAGGCGGUAUACAAGUCUUCUCAGACAAAAGACCAGAGAGGGAGAGAACCCCAGGUUUUUAGGUAACAUGGUGCGUUGAUGACUCCUCCCCCUUUGCCUGUACUAACCAAUUUGGAAAAGAUUCUAUUCCUGAUUGACAGCUCACUGUUAAUUCAUUCUAAAUAUUUCCAUGUGUUUGUUUAAUCGUUGUUGUAAGGAGCGGAUGGUAAGGCUAUUGUAUAAUUAAGGUGGUUAAAACGACUGGUUGGUUGUGUGGUCUGGUCGCUUAUUGUAUCCACUGUUUUCACAUGCUUAUAAGAACACACCAUGGUGUUUAUUUUGUUUUUGGCAGUAAUGAUGUCUUGCAGUAUGAGGAAGUGUAGGAUGUUUUUUUUAAAAUGUUUUUGUCGUUUAUAUUCUUCAAUCUCUUUUUUGAGUAUCCUUCAAUGUUUUGUAUUCAUUUCAAAGGACCAGCCAAGCCAAUAUAGGGAUUGUACGGUCAAUGCCCAGGUUUUAGAAUGUGUUACCUCAAACUAGGUUGUUCUAUCCGUGUAUGUGUCCCAAAUGGCACCCUAUUCCAUUUGGGAAGCAAAUUAUAUAAACUCAAGAUUGUUUCAACUGCAGGUGUUCAGUAAUCAGCAGAUUACUAAACACCUGGGAAAUAUAUCUGCUGUUUUUAAAAAGCUGUUUUCAGAAAGUAGUUUCUCAUGUUAGAGUUCAGGGUAAAACCUGCAUAAGUUGAUGAUUAAACAAACAAAAAAAGUAAUGAAAUGUGAGUGAAACGUUUGUUGCGUCGGCUCAUCCACUCAUGCUGAUUUCACAUACCAGCACUGUGCCCUUUUCACCACUAGGAGGCACAUUUCAUUGUUUUACUGUGUAGAGUAGAUUCUGUCAACCACCAACUCAAUUUCCUGGUGGAUUUAAUCGGGCAAAACAGGAAAUAUUUCAGUGGAUGAAAGAACCAAUGUUAAAAGUAUUUCUCUCCUACUGAAUAGAUUUGGUGCAUUUUUAUUCAUAAUCCUUCAACAUUUCAACCUCCCUAAUCUUUACUGACUACCCCCUUGUUCAUUAUCUCAAAUGAGCAAAAUAACAAUUCUGUACUGUUGGCUUAAUUUGUCUGUCUUUUUACUGGUUCUACCUGUACUUGCUGUAUCUCUAUUUCCCUAGACCAUGUUGCUGUUAGGAAGGGAAGAAAGUGGGUGGGUUCAGAGGGAUCCCAGUCUUUACCGUCAGGGUCUGGUCUCCCACCUUUCCCAGCUGCGGUGGGGGUUGUCCCUCUGGUCCUUACAUCUGGAGCAUGUUAGCCACUUCCUGUCGCUAGCAUCCGGUCAAGCCCCUAUCCCACAGAUCCAGAGCCGGGAUGGGAGAGGCACAGGAGUGGUCUGGGCCUGUACAAACACUACGGUUGUGUGUCCUGUUAUAAGAAUGAGGACCCAGAUAUUAAAUAUAGACUUUUUUGGGGGGGCCAAUGAGGGAUGUAAAUAACCAAUAGAGUAGUAUACUAGAUCAAAUUCAUUGUUUAUUUUGUUGUUACACUUUAGGGAUGUCUAUAGUAUUCUCUCUGGAAUGCAAUCGGGUUUCUGCUCAGGUUAUGGAUGUGUCACUGCAACCUUAAAGGUCCUAAAUGAUGUCACCAUUGCCUUUGAUUCUAAGCAAUGUUGUACCGCUAUUUUUAUUGACUUGGCCGACGGUUUGUUAAUGUAGACCAUUCUUGUGGGUCAGCUAAGGAGAAUUUGUGUCUGAGGGGUCAUUGGCCUGGUUUGCGAACUACCUCUUUCAAAGAGUGCACUGUGUAAAGUCAGGACAUCUGCUUUCUCAGCCACUACCUGUCACCAAGGGAGUACCCCAAGGCUUGAGCCUAGGCCCCACGCUCUUCUCAAUUUACAUUAACAACAGCUCAGGCAGUAGGAAGCUCUCUCAUCCAUGUAUAUGUAGAUGAUAGUCUUAUACUCAGCUGGUUCCUCUCCGGAUUUUGUGUUAAACGCUCUACAAUAAAGCUUUGUUUUUGUCCAACAAGCUUUCUCUGCCCUUAACCUUGUUUUGAACACCUCCAAAACAAAGGUGAUGUGGUUCAGUAAGAAGAAUGACCCCCUCCCCAUCAGUGUGAUAACUACCUCUUAGGGUUUAGAGCUUGAGGUAGUCACCUCAUACAAGUACUUGGGAGCAUGGCUAGAUGGUGCACUGUCCUUCUCUCCGCACAUAUCCAAGCUGCAGGCUAAAGUUAAACCUAGACUUGGUUUCCUCUAACGCUCCCAAGUUGCGCAGCCGUCUAAGGCACUGCAUCUCCGUGCAAGAGGCGUCACUACAGUCCCUGGUUCAAAUCCAGGCUGUAUCGCAUCCGGCUGUGAUUGGGAGUCCCAUAAAGCGGCACACAAUUAGCCCAGCGUCGUCUGGGUUUGGUCGGGGUAAAUAAGAAUUCAUUCUUAACUGACUUGCCUAGUUAAAUAAUACAUCUUAAAAAUGUGCUCGCUCUUUCACCCUAGCUGCCAAACUAACCCUGAUUCUGAUGACCAUGCUAGAUUACAGAGACGUAAUUUAUAGAUCGGCAGGUAAGGGUGCUCUCGAGCGGCUAGAUGUUCUUUACCAUUCGGCCAUCAGAUUUACCACCAAUGAUCCUUAUAGGACACAUCUCUGUAAACUGUCCAUCUCUAUACCUGACGCAAGACCCUCUAGUUACUACUUCUUUAUAAAAAAAACCUUAAGCUUCACUCCCCUAUAUCUGCAAUACCUACUGCAAGCAACCUUCAUCCUCCACAUACAACACCCGUUCUGCCAGUUACAUUCUGUUAAAGAUCCCUAAAGCACAUACAUUCCUGGGCCGCUCCUCUUUUCAGUUCGCUGCAGCUAGCGACUGGGGCGAGCUGCAAAGAAAACACUCAAACUGAACAGUUUUAUCUCCAUCUCUACAUUCGGACUCAAUCAUGGACACUCUUAAUUACACUUGUGGCUGAUUUGCGUGAUGUGUUGUGUCUACCUAUUCGCACUUUGUUAGGCACAGACAACAAUAUUUGUACCAUGUUGUUUCUACCGUGUGGUUGUCAUGUUGUGUUGCUACCAUGCUGUGUUGUCAUGUGUUGCUGCCACCAUGUAGUGUUAUGUGUUGCUCCCAUGCGGUGCUGGUGUCUUUAGGUCUCUCUUCAUGUAGUGUUGCGGUGUCUCUCUUGUCGUGAUGUGUGUUUUGUCAUACAUUUUUAUUUUUAAUUCCCAGCCCCCGUCCCCGCAGGAGGCCUUUUGCCUCUUGGCAGGCUGUCAUUGUAAAUAAAAAUGUGUUCUUAAUUGACUUGCCUAGUUAAAUAAAGAUUUAUUAAAAGCU